GUCAAACAAGGUGCAUCGGUUUGUUUUAGAUUUAGCACACCGAGUUUAUUUUAACAUCUGAGCAGGAGGCAAAAUCUAUUUGUGUGCAUACUAUUUUAACGAUGGUGAAAUUGAAGUACACAGAAUACACAAGAGUUUACAUUAUUAUCGAAGUUUUAACGAUAGCACUAAUGUGGUGUGUAGGCAUUGAGUUUGCCAGUAUCAUAAUGAUAGUUUAUUUGAAAACAGUAUUUGUGGCAAGUGCAGUGUUUCUGUUUUCGUGUUGUGAUGGUGAAACGGCAAUCCAAAGUGAACACAUAAAAAUGAAUGAACGUCCCAUAAUCGGUAUACUCUCCCAAGAACAAGAUUACCGUUUGAAAGACAAAUAUUCGCAGGAGAAUUUCAUGAGUUACAUUUCGGCUUCAUAUGUGAAAAGUGUAGAGGCUUCGGGAGCAAGAGUUCUGCCAAUAUUCAUCGGAAAGUCGCGUAACUAUUAUAAGGAGCUCAUGAGCAAGAUUAACGGCGUUUUGUAUCCCGGAGGCAACACAUGGUUUAAUCAGUCGGAUGGAUACGCGGACGCCGGGCAGCAUAUAUACGAGAUUGCGCAGGAGUUUAAUGAUGCGGGAGACUACUUUCCCUUAUUUGGUACAUGCUUGGGGUUCGAACUUUUCGUCAUAAUGGCAUCGGGAAAGGAUAGACCCGAAAACAGGGUACACUGUGUUGCAAUCGGAAAUUAUCCCCUUAUGUUUACUGAAGAUUACCGAAGUAGCAAGUUAUUUAACCAAAUAAGUAAAAAGUCCGCGGACUUGCUCGAGAAAGAAAAUUCCACUGUGCACCAUCAUCAAUUUUGUAUAGUAGAUGAGAACUUGGAGAGAUAUAACCUUACAAAAGACUGGCGUGUAUCAUCUCACAGCAUGGACAAUCAGGGAAAGAAAUUUAUAUCCAGCAUUGAACAUAGAAGAUACCCAUUUUACGGAGUACAAUUUCACCCGGAGAAGCCAGCCUUUGAAUGGAACAAAAAGAACAAAUAUUUACGUUCACGCGAUGCCAUAGAUGCGCAACGAUAUUUUAUGGAUUUCUUUGUGGAAGAGUGCAAGAGGAAUUCGCACAAAUUCAUUGAUGAAAAAGAAGAAACAGAUUCUUUAAUAUAUAACUACAAACCAUACUAUACAGGAGCACAGGGUGCUUAUUUUACACAAUGUUACUUCUUCGAGCCUCAAAUGGGUCACUAAAGAUAUAAAUACAAACACAUUAUAAGUAAAAUUUAAUUAGGU